AUGCCGGCCAAGACGCAAUCCAACUACCCCUCCGACUCCGAGACUGCGGACUUGAGGGACUCUACCGAGUCGGGCUAUGUCAGUGGUGGCUCAAGCGAAGAGUACUUGCCAGAGAUUGUUUUCACCAAGCCUCACCUUCAAUUCCUCAACAGACAGCUUCAGUUCCUUGAGCCCCAAGAUGUCCUCAGAUGGUGUGUCACGUCGCUGCCUCACCUGUUCCAGACCACCGCCUUUGGUCUUACCGGUCUGGUGAUCAUGGAUAUGCUUUCCAAACUGUCCAUCCCUCGUCCUCAGAUGGUCAACCUCAUCUUCCUUGACACCCUCCACCACUUCCCUGAAACCCUCAAGCUCGUCGACAAUGUCCGCAAGAGGUACCCGCUGCAACACAUCCACGUCUACAAGCCCGAGGGCGUCGAGACCGAAGAGGAGUUCGCCAAGAAGCACGGUGAGCGCCUCUGGGAAAAGGACGACCAGCUCUAUGAUUGGGCUGCCAAGGUUGAGCCCGCCCAGCGUGCCUACCGUGAACUCAACGUCCACGCCGUUCUGACUGGACGUCGUCGCAGCCAAGGAGGCAAGCGUGGCGAUCUGGACAUCAUCGAAGUCGAUGAAGCCGGCCUCAUCAAGAUCAACCCUCUCGCCAACUGGACCUUCGACCAGGUCAAGCAGUAUGUCAAGGAGAACGAUGUCCCUUACAAUGAGCUGCUUGACAGGGGCUAUAAGAGCAUCGGCGACUACCACUCCACAUCUCCCGUCAAGGAGGGCGAAGACGAGCGCUCCGGUCGCUGGAAGGGCCAGGCUAAGACUGAGUGCGGUAUCCACAACCCUCGAUCCAAGUACGCCCAGUACCUGAUGGACAUGGAACGCAAGCGACAGGAGGAAGCCUUGUCCCAAGCUUUGCAAAGCAAGCUCAGCACUGUUUAA